CACAAGAUGGCCGCCGCGCGCCCGGAGCCCCCGAGUCCGAGCUCAGCGGCCCCGGAGCCGCGAUCCCCGGAGACGCCGGACCUGGUCCUGGUGCCAGAUGACGGCCGCCCCGCCGCACCCCCGAGUGACCUCAUCGAGAUCCAGGUGGUGAGGGUGACAGACACCACGCUGGUGCCCGAGCCCCCGGAGCCAGGUUCCCUCCACUGUGCCUUGUGCCCAGCUGCCUUCCGGCUGGUCUCUGAGCUGCUUUUCCACGAACAUGGCCACCUGGCGGCGGCGGAGGGCGGCGGGCAGGGCGGGGACCCCAGCCGGUGUCACGUGUGUGGCCACAGCUGUCCGGGCCCCGCCAGCCUACGCGCGCACUACAGCCUGCACACGGGGGAGCGGCCCUACCGCUGCCCCCUCUGCCCCCGGGCCUUCAGGGCCCUGGCGUCCCUGCUGCGGCACCAGCACCGACACGGGGUGGAGCCAGGGCCCUCUCAGGGGCCCCCGGAGGCGGCCGCGGCUCGGGAUCGGAGGCCCGGGGCGCCGCAGGAGAGGUCGGAGGUGGUGCUGGCGGCGGCGGCGGCGGGCGCGGCGGCGGGGAAGCCUUUCGCCUGCAGGUUCUGCGCCAAGCCGUUCCGCCGCUCCUCGGACAUGCGCGACCACGAGCGGGUGCACACGGGCGAGCGGCCCUACCACUGCGGCAUCUGCGGCAAGGGCUUCACGCAGUCCUCGGUGCUGAGCGGCCACGCGCGCAUCCACACCGGCGAGCGCCCCUUCCGCUGCACCCUGUGCGAUCGCACUUUCAACAACUCCUCUAACUUCCGCAAGCACCAGCGCACCCACUUCCACGGGCCAGGGCCGGGGGACUCUGGCAGCCAGCUGGCCUCAGGGCCCGAGGGGCCAGGGAGUGGGUGUGGGCCGGGAAGCAGUCUGGAAGAAGGGCAAGGGGAGGUGGCCAAGGUGAAGGUGGAGGUCGACCAGUAGGCUGGGAGAGCAGGGCCGUGGGAGCAUUAACAGGGGACAGGGAGUAGG